CGUGGAAGAAGCAUCAGUCGAGUUUCAUCCAUCUCUACAGCUGGCUCAUUCAGUCGCAGUAAGAAAACGGUCCAAAUCAUCGACAUGGUUUCCACUCGCCUUGCUCUCGUCCUCGCUGUUAUCGUGGUGAUUCUUGCCCUCAGCGUAGAUGCCACCUUUAGAAAACCACCCUUCAAUGGUAGCAUAUUCGGUAAACGAUCCAGCACUGUAACUGAUUACGAAGUUACCAGCCGUGCUCUGUCAGCUAUUUGCGAAGUUGCUAGUGAAACGUGCACCGCUUGGCUGUCUCGUCAAGAAUCCAACUGAAGAUGAAUAACCGACCGAAUCGACUUCACGACUUCCACGAUUUUCAUCGACUGAUCGGCCCAUGAAAUAAUGUAAUUAAACAAGCUCCUGUAAUCAUGCGCUUGGAAGUUUGUCAUAUUGUCCUCUAUCAGUCACUGUUAUUGCAUUAUGCCAUACCUAAUCGUAAAAAUUUGUAUUUAAAUGAUAUUGUAAUUACAAUGGAUUAAGCUUCCACGAUUUAGCCAUGUUUAUUAAAAGCGUCACGAAUAAAGCAUUAUGAUUUUCAGGAGCUAAUUGUACUAUUUUUAAUUACUUUCUUUUCUUCUGAUCACCCAUCUUGUUUUGUAUUGCAUAUUUUUAUCGACGACAAAUAAUAUCCGUUCUCUCUAAUUUUACAGUAUAACUUUUAAUAAUUACACGUUUAUUAAAAUAAUUGCCCAUUAAAAUCAAAUAUUUAAAAUACAGCAUAUACUCAACAAAAUACUUGACUAAAAUAAUUUAUAUAAUUGUAAGAGUAUAUUGAAAAAUUUCGCUAAAUGUAGAUUAAAAGCGAUUUGACAUGGAAA